AUGAGACCCACGACACUACCGCAACAACAACAACAACAACAACAACAACAACAACAGCAGCAGCAGCAGCAGCAGCAGCAGCAGCAGCAGCAGCAGCAGCAGCAGCAGCAGCAGCAGCAGCAAUGGCAGCGGCAGCGACAAAACCAGACGGACCUCCGGCUGUCGCGCACGUGCUCGGUGCACAACGCCGUGCUGCCCCAGACACGCACACGUGCACGGGCUACUUCUCGACGUGCUGCCGCAGGCACGCGCGCACGUGCUGCUCCACGCCGAGUUGCGCAGCCACGCAAGCACACGUGCUCGGGCUGCGUCUCGACGCGCUGCCGCAGCAACGCAUGCGCUCAUGCUCGCAGCAACGCACGCGCGCUCGGGCUGCUUCUCGACGUGCUGCUGCAGGCACGCAUGCGCUCAUGCUCGCAGCAACGCACACGUGCUCGGGCUGUUUCUCGACGUGCUGCCGCAGCAACGCACACACACGUGCUCGCAGCAACGCACGCGUGCUCGGUGCACAACACCGUGCUGUCGGAGCCACGCACGCACACGUGCUCGCAGCAACGCACACGUGCUCGGGCUGCUUCUCGACGUGCUGCCGCAGCCACGCAUGCGCUCAUGCUCGCAGCAACGCACACGUGCUCGAGCUGCUUCUCGACGUGCUGCCGCAGCCACGCAUGCGCUCAUGCUCGCAGCAACGCACACGUGCUGGGGCUGUUUCUCGACGUGUUGCCGCAGCAACACACACACACGAGCUCGCAGCCACGCACACGUGCUCGGGCUGCUUCUCGACGUGCUGCCGCAGCCACGCAUGCGCUCAUGCUCGCAGCAACGCACGCGCGCUUACCGCACAACGCCGGGCUGACGCGGCCACACGCGCGCGCGGCACCACGCAUUGCGCACACGCGGUGCACCAGUCGCAGUGCGCCACUCACCGCGCACACGCAUCGUGCACACGCGCUGUACCACGCAACGUACAGACAUGCUGCGCCAGUCGCUGUGCACACGCACGCACACGUGCUGCACCACUCGCCGUGCACACGCGCUGCGUCACUCGCCGUGCACACGCGCUGCGUCCCUCGCCGUACACACGUGCUGCGCCACUCACCGUGCACACGCACCGUGCACACGCGCUGUACCACGCAACGUACAGACAUGCUGCGCCAGUCGCUGUGCACCACGGACGCACACGUGCUGCACCACUCGCCGUGCACACGUGCUGCGUCACUCGCCGUGCACACGCGCUGCGUCCCUCGCCGUACACACGUGCUGCGCCACUCACCGUGCACACGCACCGUGCACACGCGCUGUACCACGCAACGUACAGACAUGCUGCGCCAGUCGCUGUGCACACGCACGCACACGUGCUGCACCACUCGCCGUGCACACGUGCUGCGUCACUCGCCGUGCACACGCGCUGCGUCCCUCGCCGUGCACACGCGCUGCGUCCCUCGCCGUGCACACGUGCUGCGCCAGACGCUGUGCACACGUGCACACGCGUUGCGUCACUCGCCGCGCACACGCACCGUGCACACGUGCUGCGCCAAUCGCCGUGCACACGCGCUGCGCCACUCGCCGUGCACGCACACACACGAGCUGCACCACUCGCCGCGCCAGUCGCU